AUGCUGCCCGUGACGCCACGCGCUCCGAUUGGCUGUGGCGCGCCGUAGCAUCCACUCCCCGUCCGUGAUUGGUGGAAAAUGUCGGGCCUGCAAGCGCGCGGCGAAGACGUCAUCAAUGGGGUCGAUGUCAGAGAGCAGGGCAGUGCUUUAAGAGUGGCUACGAACACUCCUCACCUCGUGAGCCUGGGCACAGGCAGGCUGAGCACCGCGGUUACACUCCAUCCUAUCAAACAGGGUCGAGUAACCAUCGGCUCAGACCCGACCUGCGACAUCUACGUUGUAGGCACCGGGGUGGCCAGCGUACAUUGUCGCGUUGAGAACUCUCACGGUGUGGUCACCCUAUAUCCCACCAGUGGAAGCACGUUGCUCGACGGUCUGCCAGUGGACAAGCCAACGAGACUGUCACAAGGAAGCAUGCUAACAAUAGGCCGUUCCAACUACCUCCGCUUCAACCAUCCUGAAGAAGCCAAACUCAUGAAGUCAGUCCUCCCUUCAACCCGCGUAUCCAUGGCUCCCGUACAAUACCAGCAUAAUGAACACUGCGCACAAGGUUACCAAGACCAGAACCAAUGUUACCAGAACGCAAAUAUCCAAAAAAUCUUCAAAGACACCGAUCUCCAACAACUCGACCAAGAACUAGACAUGACCCUCAACGAAAUAGCCAAGAAAAAACCUCCCGUAGCCCCAAGAAAAUACGCUGAAGACGACCAACCAAAAAUGUCCAGUAUUAUGGCUAAAGUAUCCAAAUUCGAGUAUUACGCGAAACAGCAGAAAAUAGGCAGAAGUCAAUUUUACACGUCGAACGAAAUAGAAAUCUCACCCAAAGUAUUUAGCUCUAAUUCCUUAACAGUCAACACCCCAGCUAAAGAUGUGUUAGGAGGAAGGAAUGUACCUAAUUAUAUGAAGAAUACUGAACAGAAGAUUAUAGUACUUAAUGAGAAUAAUACGGAGAAACGGCCGUAUGCUAAUGUAGCGUUAAGGAAUAAGAAUAAAAUAGAGGAUAUAGUAAGGAAUUUUGAUGAGAAUUCGCGCAACGAUUUUAAGCUUAAAAAGGUUAACAACGACCAGAAAGACAACAUAUAUGGCAAAAUCCACAACACAAAAGAAGAAAAAAGUAACCUAUCAAGUAAAGAAGAGAAGAAACCUUGUCUCCCGUCACCGGCUUUCGACAGAAACCCGCAGUAUUCCCCAGUAUACACGAACAGCUAUGACAGGAGUUAUGAGGCUGAAAACAGGAGAAUCAGGGCUUACCAGGAUAGGAUAAAAGAAGAGGAGCAGAAGGAGGCAGAAACGGCACGUUUGGAAGAAAUUCUCAACAUGUGCGCAGAGUACGAGAGGCAGAUCGCCUCAGGUAUACCCAUAACGCCUACAGAAAAGCGACCUCACAACAAAAUCAUCACAAAUGGAUCUUUACCGAGAAGCGUCGCGAUGAACAACCCUAACUUCGUACAGACCAGCGAGGGUUAUUACAAAUUCGAAACUAGUCACAACAAGAACAUGUCCCAAUCUCUACCUGUCCAAAGAAACGUGUCCAGUUACGAAAACAUAGAACCACUGACACCCGAAGUGACCAUAGAGCACAGAGGCCGCAUGGACGAAAUCGGUAUACCGGUAUUUGAGGAUGAACUGUCAAGCCCUGUGCUUAUUAGGAAACUGGAUAAAGUCAAUUCACCUAUAGGUAGCCCAUACGAAAACGUGUACUACAACCGAGGUAACUUCAAGCCAAAAUCACCCAAUUCUCAAAGCCCUCGAACGAGAAUAAAGACUACUUUCGCUCACAAAAAUCCCAUCCCAUCGCCUCAAUACUUCAUCUUCCCUACGCCACCACCUGUCGAUAACUCGAAGAAACCUAAUUUUAAUAUCCCCAAUAAUACUCUUAAUGAAGUUAAUGAAAAUACAGAAAAAGCAAAUGAAAAAUUCGCUGGUAUUGAAAAACAGUUAAGUUUAGAAGAAGAUAUACCUAUGAUAGACGAUGCAGAUGUAACUAAUGAUAUCGAACAACGACAUUCAACUAUAUUAGUUACAGAAAAAGACGAUGUACAAAGGCAAAACUCAAACAAUUCUGAAUCUGACGAAGUGUUCGUGAAUGAAAACACUUUAACAAAGAAUCAAAGUUUUGACGACGUUAAAAAAGAGCUAAUGGCGGAUAUACCAGAGCUAGAAGAGUUUGAGAAAGAUCUAGAGCAGAGUAAAAGAGAGAAGAUGAUUAGACAAAUACAGGAUGGUUUGAAACAGAUAGAUGUAGAAGCUGAUUCUAUUGACAGUAAUUUGGACGUGAAUAUGACGGACUUGAAAAGUAAAAGUGACAGUCUUAAAGAAGAAAGAAAGAAGUUAGUGGCUAAGAUACAUGAACUGAAGUGUAAGAUGUCUGAAAUAAGGUCACAGGAAGAUGAUAUUUUGAGAGAGCUCGAAAUGGAGAAAGCCCUAAUAAAAGGUGAAUACGACUCUGAAAUCGCCAUAUUGAACAUAGAGCAGAAGAAGAAGAUGGAGCUAGCGGAGAAUGCGAAGAAGAUAGAGGAAGAAAUAAAACAAUUGAAGGAGAAGCAGGAGGCGAGACAGAAAGAGUUGAAAGAGAGAGUCGAUAUAGCUACUAUGAAGGUUGAGUGGAUAAAGAAGGACCUGGACAACGGGGCGACGGUUGAAGAGCUUCAGAACGCGCAGGAUAUUCUAGAUAACGAGACCAAAAUAUUCGAAGACCUGGAGUUCCAGCAUUUGGAGGAGGAGUCGGAAUUACUCGCGAACCGAGAAGACUUACAAAACGAAAUAAUCCAACUAACAAAGAAAAUAGAAGCGCAGAAAACAAGAAUACUAACACUCAAAUCCGAAGCCAAUAGCAACCUAACUUCAGCUUUAGACGAAACUAAAAUACUACAAGCAGAGUAUGUAAGACUACUUAAUGAAGUCGAAGAGCUAACUGGUAAGGUACAAAGUGUUGAAAAAGAGUUAAAGCCUAUUGUGGGGAAACUAAAUGAACUAGAAAGAACACAAUCACCAGAUAGCGCUUUCUAUACAGAUCAAACUAGAGCUAAAUCAGGAGAGUUCGGUUAUUCUCCACAAAGCAGUGACAGCGACGAUCUAGACGUAAAAGUCACACAAUUCGAAGAACACACCAACCAACUAAAGGACAAAUUUAACUCUAUCGAUCAAAUGUCACAAUCCAUGAUUGUAGACAUCGAACGACGAGUUUGCGAUGCAGAUGGCGAUAACGAAAGUCCGUCUAAGUCUUCAACUUCUAAAGAGAAGAAAGGAUUUUGGGAACGGAAUUUCGAUUCAUUAAAAAGGAAGAGUAAAGACAAAAAGAAAGAGAAGGUCGACAUUAUGUCGCAGAGUUUGAAUGAGAACAUGUUUUACAAUAAUGAUACUAUUGAAAAUGAUGUUUCUUUAGAUAGGUUUAACAGCUUGAGACAUUCCAAAGGCAAAAACAAAAACGGCCCGGUCAAAAGCGCGUCGUCAUCGAAAAUCCCGACGUUCGCGGCUUUGGGUAAAAUUAUUAAAAAAGACUCGUUCGGAAAGAAAACUAAAGACGUAAAAGUCGAAAUAAAGGACGAAGAACCGAAAAACAGAUACGUCAAAAACGGGAAACCUAGUUGCGAUAAUAAAUACGUUAAAGCAAAAUCAUUAUCACCUGAUAAAUUAAUGAAAGAAGAUGGUAUAAAAGAGGAAGAUGAAGAAAAUCAAAAACCAUUUGAAGAUAGAAAUAAAGUUUUUCAUAGAAAGAGUUGUGGCGAUGAGCCUAAUGUUAGAGAGUUUAAUAGAAUAUCAGAUUCAGGAAAGAUACCUUCCCAAGAUGAUAUAGAUAGGAUAUCGAAGGUGACAAUGGAUGCUCCUAUAUUGUCGAGUGAUACGGAUAUGAAUUCUUUGGGGAAAAGAACUUUAGAUAGUUUGAUGGAGAUUGAGAGGAAAAGGAUGGUGAUGUUGGAGGAACAAGGUUGUCAAGUAAUAGAAAACGAACGAGAGAAGAUAUCGGAACUGAAACGGCGAGUCCAAGAUGAGACGAAGAAGCUGUGGGACCAGCGCACGCGCAACGAGCAGUCAAAGUCUUUUGACAGCGACUGUCACAGCAUCGAGGUCGACAAUACUUACCUUGACAGUUUUGCGGAUGACAGUAUGAAUAUGAGCAACGUGUAUGAUGAGAGUUCCGGAUUUAUGUCAUCGUCUAUUGAAGAGCUCCAAGUAAGAAACUCUCGUACCGAGUCUACAGAAGACGAGAAACGGAGCGAUGACAGUCGACCGCUCAGCCUCGCCUCCGACUUUAGCCGAGACAACAUUUUGCCACUCCAAAGCGGUCCGCGGCGUAAUCGGCGCUGCGUGGCGCCGUACAGCGCUUCUCAGCGCCCUCUCACCCGCUACCUGCCCGUCGACCGAGAUGACUUCGACCUCAGGCGCCAUGUUGAAUCCGCGGGUCACCAGAUCGAGCUGUGCCCCCACGUGACAGUAACCGCCAGCGCUUGCCGCGGCUAUCUGCAUAAACUUGGUGCCAAGUUCCACACGUGGUCGAAGAGAUGGUUUGUCUUCGAUCGGGAAUCGAAGACUUUCGUAUACUACUGGGAUAAGAGCGAGAGGAAACCGCGGGGCGGCGCUUACUUUCAGGUAAUCGAAGAAGUAUACCUCGACCACGGUAACACUUCGAAAUCUCCCAACCCACAGACCACGUUCAUAGUGAAGACGCGACAGCGUCGGUACUACCUCAUGGCGCCCUCUGGCGAAGCGGCGCGCAUAUGGAUCGACGUCGUUUUCACCGGCGCACAGGGAUACACGGACUAUCUCGACUGA